GCCGGGUCAGCUGAUCCCCCAGUGCGGAACUAGGCUCCCGGCCCGAGCUGCCCGCGGCUGCCGCGCUCCUGCUCCCUGCUCCGCGCCCCGCACUCGGUGCCGUGCGCCCGCCCCGUCGCCAUGGCCGGGCUUGUUGUCAGUGGAACUCAAGUGUCCUACAUAGGCCAGGACUGCAGAGAAAUUCCAGAGCACCUCGGCAGAGACUGUGGACAUUUUGCAAAGAGGCUUGAUCUGAGCUUUAACCUUCUGAGGUCACUGGAAGGACUGAGCGCGUUCGGGAGCCUGGAGGAACUCAUCUUGGACAACAAUCUGCUCGGGAACGACCUCGUGUUGCCAGGGUUACCCCGGCUCCAUACCUUAACCCUCAACAAGAACCAAAUCACUGACUUGGAGUGUCUGCUUGAUCACCUGGCAGAAGUGACGCCAGCUCUGGAGUACCUCAGCCUGCUGGGGAAUGUGGCAUGUCCCAACGAGCUGGUCAGCCUGGAGAAGGAUGAGGAAGACUACAAGAGGUACAGAUACUUUGUUCUGCACAAGCUGCCCAAUUUGAAGUUUCUGGAUGCCCAGAAAGUCACCAAACAAGAACGAGAGGAAGCUUUGGUCAGAGGAGCGUUCAUGAAGGUGGUGAAACCCAAGGCUUCCAGUGACAGUGUUGCUGUCUCUCCAGAAUGUUACUACACACCCUUGCCGUCUGCUUCCAGGGAACUCACCAGUCACCGAGGUGUCCUGGGAAAGUGUCGCUAUGUUUACUACGGGAAAAACUCGGAGGGCAACAGGUUUAUCCGAGAUGACCAGCUCUGAAGAAACAUGAGGUCAUUCCAGCCUGGGACAGAUUGCCCAAGAGAAGAGGGAAGAUGGACAGAUAAGUGAUUGAAAAUCUGACUUGCCUUUCAUAUCAAAAGAAGACUUCACCUUCUGGAAACAAGGAACUCUUUGUGGUAUGGCAGUGGGACUGCUGGUGGGACAGAACCGUCUCCUGGAAUGGGUAAGAGCUCUGUUACAUUCACCUGGCCUCCUAGUUGCCUCUUCAGCAUCACCUCCUUUCCUCACCAGCUGUGCCCUUCAGGUUCCAGCCAUCACCUCCAUUUCCCCCAGUGGCAUCUAUCUGCCUGUUGCCUCCAGGUCUGUAGACAUUCUCUCUUCCUGCCUC